AGCUCUCCGUGGUGCUGAAAACGUUCCUCUCUCUCUCUCUCUCUCUCUCUCUCUCACUCUCUCUCUCUCACUCACUCUCGCUCGCUCGUUCUCUGUCUCGGUAGCAUUUCUCUCCAGUUCGUCAGGCGCAUCGUCUCGCCAUUGUAAUUUAUAUGGAAGCAAUUAAGUAUUUUUUUUAAAAAAAAGCUGGCACGCUGGGCAGGCGAGUAUGCGAAUACAUGCGCAUUCCAUAGUCUGGAUGUCGUAUUAAUACUAGCUGGGCUGGACUCUGCCGUUCUCCUGCUCAUGGUUAUCAAGCAUAAGGCAUUAUUUUACAGAUAUUCUUGAACCUAGCUGCUGGGCGUCUUUUCGACUCAAUGUUCAGGGGAAUAUUUGCUUUUGAGAAUGAAAAAUCGAAAUUCGAAGAAUGCUACCAGCUACGCGUUAUUCUGCAAAUGCUACGCUGCAUCACACAGAACAUACUCACAUUAAAUCCACGAGUGAAGACUUGUGCAUCUCUGCGGUCGACAGCAACUACAAAGAUUGACAAAACUCAUUGGAAGCGCAAUGCCAGUAAAAGUUGCUCAAGCCAUGAGAAGCUGGAGAAUGAUUUUGAUGACAUCAAACACUCCACUCUCAGUGAGCGAGGAGCACUUCGUGAAGCAGUGAGGUGCCUCAAAUGUGCCGAUGCUCCUUGUCAGAAGAGUUGUCCGACUAACCUGGAUAUAAAGUCAUUUAUCACAAGCAUUGCAAAUAAGAACUACUACGGAGCUGCCAAAGCCAUUCUGUCUGACAACCCCCUUGGCCUAACUUGUGGGAUGGUAUGCCCAACCUCUGACCUCUGUGUGGGAGGGUGCAAUUUACAUGCAACUGAAGAAGGAGCAAUUAACAUAGGCGGAUUACAACAGUUUGCCACAGAGGUGUUCAAAGAGAUGAAAAUUCCUCAGAUUCGGAAUCCAUCACUUCCACCUUCUGAAGAAUUACCUGAGAGCUUCCAUGCUAAAAUAGCCCUAAUUGGAUGUGGACCUGCCAGUAUCAGUUGUGCUUCUUUUUUAGCUCGACUGGGCUAUUCAGAUAUCACAAUAUUUGAAAAACACGAAUAUUUGGGAGGUUUGAGCACAUCUGAGAUACCUCAGUUCAGAUUGCCUUAUGAUGUUGUCAAGUUUGAGAUCAAGCUGAUGAAAGACCUUGGUGUGAAGGUUGUCUUUGGCAAGGGUUUGGGAAUUGAAGGAAUGACUCUGGACACGUUGAAACGAGAUGGAUAUGAAGCAGCCUUCAUUGGUAUAGGUUUACCAGAGCCAAAGAGAGAUCACAUCUUUGAAGGCUUAACAGUGGAACAUGGCUUCUACACAUCCAAGGAGUUCCUGCCUCUUGUUGCAAAAGCGAGCAAACCAGGGAUGUGUGCCUGUCAGUCUAGUCUGCCAUCAAUAAAAGGCACAGUUCUUGUACUUGGUGCUGGAGAUACCGCCUUUGACUGUGCUACAUCUGCAUUACGCUGUGGAGCUCGCCAUGUGUUUGUGGUUUUUAGAAAAGGAUUUACCAAUAUCAGGGCUGUCCCAGAGGAGAUGGAGCUGGCAAAAGAAGAAAGAUGCGAGUUUUUGCCUUACAUGUCACCGAGAAGGAUUAUUCUGAAAGGUCAGCGCAUUUCUGCAAUUGAGUUUGUUCGUACAGAGCAGAAUGAUGUUGGAGAUUGGAUUGAAGAUGAAGACCAAGUUAUUAGCUUAAAAGCAAACAUUGUCAUCAGUGCAUUUGGCUCCAUUCUGAGUGAUUCUUCAGUGAAAGAGGCCAUGCCUAACGUCAGGUUUAACAGAUGGGGCUUCCUGGAUGUUGACACAGAGACCAUGCAGACGAGCGAGCCUUGGGUUUUUGCAGGUGGUGACAUUGCCGGUUUGGCUAACACCACAGUCGAGUCUGUGAACGAUGGAAAACAGGCAUCAUGGCACAUUCAUAAAUAUUUGCAGUCUUUACAUGGUUGCCACAUAUCUGAGAAACCUGAGCUCCCCCUUUUUUAUACACCUAUCGAUCUUGUGGAUAUCAGCAUAGAGAUAGCUGGGUUGAAAUUUCUGAAUCCCUUUGGUUUGGCCAGUGCCCCUCCAACGACCAAUGCAGCAAUGAUUCGACGAGCGUUUAAGGCAGGUUGGGCCUUUGCCUUAACAAAAACAUUCUCUCUUGAUAAGGACGCAGUGACCAAUGUUUCUCCAAGAAUUUUACGUGGAAUGACCUCUGGCCCUGUCUAUGGCCCAGGACAAAGCUCCUUUCUUAACAUUGAACUCAUCAGUGAGAAGACAUGUGCAUACUGGUGCAAAAGUAUUACUGAAUUAAAAGCUGAUUUCCCAAAUCAUGCUGUUAUUGCCAGUCUCAUGUGCACUUACAACAAGAAUGAUUGGACAGAACUUUCAAAAAUGGUAGAGGAUGCUGGUGCCGAUGCCUUGGAAUUAAACCUGUCUUGCCCACAUGGCAUGGGAGAAAGAGGAAUGGGCCUCGCCUGUGGACAGGAUCCAAAACUGGUGCGAAACAUCUGCCGUUGGGUACGACAAGCUGUUAAGAUUCCAUUCUUUGCCAAGCUGACCCCGAAUGUCGCAGACAUUGUAAACGUAGCAUCGGCGGCUCAGGAAGGUGGUGCAAAUGGUGUUACCGCAACGAACACUGUCUCUGGGCUGAUAGGCGUACUUGCAGAUGGUACUCCAGUGCCUGCUGUUGGUAGAGACAGGCUAACCACAUAUGGUGGUGUGUCUGGAACUGCAAUAAGGCCAAUAGCUUUACGAGCGGUAUCUGCGAUCGCUAAGGCUAUACCAGGAUUUCCAAUUCUAGCUGCUGGCGGGAUUGAUUCAGCUGAAUCAGGACUACAGUUUCUGAAUUGUGGUGCCUCAUUAUUGCAGGUAUGCAGUGCUGUUCAGAAUCAGGACUUCACGUUAAUUGAAGAUUAUUGCACAGGAUUGAAGGCACUAUUGUACUUAAAAAACAUUAAAGAGCUGCAAAAUUGGGAUGGACAGAGCCCACUGACAACACCUCACCAGAAAGGAAAACCGGCACCUAAAAUUGCUGGUAUAAUUGGACAGCAUUUGCCCAGUUUUGGCCCCUACCUGGAACAACGUAAGAGGAUUAUAGCAGAACAUAAACUGAAACAGAAGGAGUUGAAUGAGGUGUUUCAGGACCCUGAUGAAACACCAUACACAGUCAAGAAGCCCAUUCCAAGAGUUCAGGAAAUAAUUGGUAGAACUCUGCCACACAUUGGAGCCUAUGGUGUCCUGAAUAACAAGGAGCAUGUAGUAGCUUUGAUUGAUGAAGAAAUGUGUAUCAACUGUGGAAAAUGCUACCUGACUUGUAAUGACUCUGGUUACCAGGCCAUAACCUUUGACCCUGAGAAACAUAUUCCUCGAGUUACUGCUGACUGCACCGGCUGCGCUCUUUGCUACAGUGUCUGUCCCAUCAUUGAUUGCAUUACAAUGAUUCCCCGUUUAACACCUUAUGAGCCAAAGAGAGGUACUCCUUUGGCUGUCUGACAUGUUUGUUGAGUUGACAUAGUCCAGCAGUGAAACAUGAUUUAACAUUCAUAUCUACCUAAAAGCAUUGAUUUAGUCAUUCAGUCUAUAGCGUGAUAAAUUACUGUUAUUUCCAAAGUAUUGAUUCUUACUUACUAAUCCGAGUUGCCGCGACCUUGCAUUCUACAAUUAGCUAACUACAAUUGAAUAAAAGGAUUUACAUUUAAAAAACUCUCCAAUGUUAAUAAUCAAUAAGUAAUACAUUUAAAUGUCAAGCAUGUAAUAAGGCAGUGACAAAAUUGGCUUACAAUGUGCAGACCCUUAUGUAUAAUUUAUAUUUGACUAACAAAUUGCGCCAAUAUACUUCCACUAUACCUGUACUGGAGGAUCUCUAUUAUAAACUAGCAACAGAGAAUGAGAAAUGAGCACCCCCUAUUAUUUUAUGAGGUAUUUCAUCUAAUAAGGAGUACAUUUAAUGUAGAGGAACAGCGAUAUUUCCAGCCUACUAAGUAAUGUGAGUAAAAUUUACAUUCGUCUCUCAGCAUGACAUACAUUUCUUCAGCAUACAAAGUGCCAUUCCAUUAUAUUGAUAAGGGUAUCUGCCUUGAGCAUCCCUUUGGUGCCUGCUGUUUCCAUUUAACUCACCUAGAUCCAUAGAGUCUGCUGGUUUCUGCCAAUAAUGUUAAUUCUCCUAAAUUGAAUCAGAUCCCAGAUUUUUUGUAAAUCUAUCAUGAAACCAGUUACAGGAAAAAUUGAAUUCUAGGGCUGUUAGAGAAAACUGAACUUUUAAUUUAAUCUGAUAAAUACCAUCAUUUUCAAAGCAAUACUGUCAGUUUGAAGGAAGAAGACACAAUCUUGAAAGAGAAUAAAUUGCUCAACGAAGAGUUAUUUUUUAGUACCAGGUAAAUUAACUUGAGAUGGUAAAUGUGCUAUUAUAUAUCACAGUCUGUGCAUAUUAUAUGACAUGGAAAUUUUUAUUUUGUCUCAAAUAAUUAAUUCCUGUUUAUUCUGGUUUUUAAGCUGAAUUUAAGGCACAAUUACAUUUUUGUUGUCAGUACUCAUAAUAACAAUAUAAAUGGAAUCAACUUACAGACUUAUAACAAGUAGUGCUUUGUGAAAGGGCUGUUCAGAACCUUGAUGUUAGGGCUAUUUGGGGAUCCUAACCCCACAUAAUAUCAGGAAGUUGCCCAACAUCAUUUGGUCUAUUCGUGGUCAGAGUAAAUACAUGCAAUAUUUAUUUUGAGACCUCGGGAGCAAUAGGAGCUUCUCAUGCAUGAAGCAGCUGCGACCCACCAUUGCAGGGAAGGGAGAGCAAGAAUGUUCAAGUUGAGGCACCUUCUAAGCAUCUUGAAAAGAUCUGAACUACAGGUCAGAAUCACAGAAGGGCAACUUCCUCUGCAAAGUGACCUGUGGUGGGUCGGGAAGGAUAGGAGGCUGGCAUACUUGUGAAUCAUCCUUGAGAUAAGGUCUCCCCGCCUUCCAGCUGCCCCCAGUUUCUAACACAUGCAGAAACUGAUCUAACCCUGAUACUUUCCCAAAAAUAGCUCAGGAGGAGGAUGAUGUAACCUCAACCUCAUUUCCCACCACAUUUUGAUGUGAAAUUGCUGGCCUUGGAAUUUUCAUUGUCGUCAUCUUCUGGCAUUGUUGACACUCGACACACUUUGAGCAAGUGCACAUUGUCAGAGGUUCCAUGUGGUGCUGGCUCAGAGCUUCAACAAUUGUUUCUUUCCAUUUUAUAAUUGAAGUUAAUCUGACAAAAAUGACCUCCAUUUUUGAGAUGAAGGUUUGGAAUUGAAAUUGAGUGUGUUUCAUAAAAGGAAUGGAUGAAGGAAUAUAUAGCAAUAUUAUUUAGAGAGUGGAAACAGUCAAAGAAGAAUAAUUCAGACUGAAAUGCUAAAAUUUUAAUCCUAAUUCUGUUUACCCUUGAGCUUUCCCUGCUGCUGUUCGCCUUUCUUGAUGAUCUAAUUAAAGCAGGAAGUUUGAAAAUUAUUGUUGUUUUAUGCAUCUCUUUCUUGACUAAUUUGUUUAAUAAAUAUAUCAGUACUUA